AUGGCCACCACAUUCUCUCUCCCGCCCCUCCCCUACGCCUACGACGCCCUCGAACCCAUAAUCAGCAAACAGAUCAUGGAAAUCCACCACCAAAAACACCACCAGACCUACAUCACCAACCUCAACGCCGCCCUAACCGCCCAAUCCACCGCCCUUGCCUCAAACAACAUCCCUCAGCUCAUCAACCUCCAGCAAAAGAUCAAGUUCAACGGCGGCGGCCACAUCAACCACUCCCUCUUCUGGGGGAACCUGGCCCCCUACGGCUCGUCCGAGACCGAUCUCGAGUCGUCUGCCCCCGCCCUCAAAGGCGCCAUCGAGGCCCAGUACGGGUCCGUUCAGAAGUUCAGGGAGGCGUUUGGGGCAGCCCUGCUGGGGCUGCAGGGCAGUGGGUGGGGAUGGUUGGUUAGUCAGGGGCCCGGGGGCAAGUUGGAGAUUGUUUCCACGAAGGAUCAGGAUCCAGUUACGGAUAGGGUGCCUAUCUUUGGGGUGGAUAUGUGGGAGCAUGCUUAUUAUCUCCAGUAUUUUAAUAAUAAGGCCUCGUACGUGGAGGGGGUUUGGAAGGUGCUCAAUUGGCGGACUGCGGAGGAGAGAUAUAAGAAUGGGGUGGAGGGCCCGGCGCUUUUGAAGCUGUAG